AUGUGCCGUUUGCAGAAGGAGACAGUCUCAUCCGCAGCUUCUGGUUCAGCCUCAUCUUCAACCGCAACCUCUGCUUCCAUUCCAACCUCUGUCCGGAUACGACCAGCCACAUUAAUCGCAGAGCCCUCGCUUGGGAGUUCACCUAUGGAAUCCGGUGCUCAGUCCAUCACUCUGAUCAGCUCGCUCAGUAGCGCCGCUACUCUGGUCGCUUCUAAUCAGCAUUCUUCAACAGCCCCACCCAUCACGACCAGUACUGGGACUAGCGGUACGCUGACAGCUGAUCCGAACGCGUCGCGGAUAAACAAACGAACUCGAGUGGCCUUUUUCAACAUUUUUGAUGCUACCAGUCCCAGCUCGAUGUCAACCUCAAAGAGUUCACCCGCUGUGAAUAAUGGUUCUGUUCGUGCGGGCUCUCUAACCGGCACAACCUCAGUCAGCGCAUCCCUGUCACAGACUACAGUAUUUACUGCAUCCCCUGUGUCGACGGUUCCAUCCACUGGAAAGCCUGUGACAACGACCAGCGGUGCAAUUGACCUCACUGGUGAGUGUCCUGCUGACCUCGCAACUACUUUGAAGUCAACUUGUGCUCAGUCAUACAAGUAUCGCAGUCUCAUUUAA